AGCCAAUCGCAACGCAGGAUCGCAGCUUCAGACACACUGCGCAUGCGUUACACCCCCGACCCGUGACCAAGCCUCCUUCUACAGGCCGUGCUCCAAACCGGAAGUGAGCUAAAGAAGUCAAGAUGGGGUCUCGUUUGAAGGUCCUGAGCACGUUUAAAGCGCUCCACAGGACCCGGAUGGCUGUAUUCAAAGAGGAUGACAGAGCACUGACAGCUGCAAGAUUAAAGAUCAACGAGGAGUUCCGGAAAAACAAAAAUGAAACGUCAGAAGAAAACAUUGAGAAGAUGAUCAAAAUGGGCUCAAGUGUGGAAGCUGUUCUUCGAGAGGCUACGAUGCAAAUGGAACAUGUUGGAGAUAAGACACUCCUGCUUCGACCCAGAGAGAGUCUUCUACUAGAAAACGUACCCUAUUGUGACCAGCCCAGGAAAAAGUCAUGACAGACCAUCUGAUUACAUCUUUUUCAUCGAAAAAAGAGACUCACUGUCAUCCAUUACUACUUGCCUGCAUUUUAAAGGAUUUAAACCAAAACAACAUUUCAAGUUAAUCAAAAUCUCCUGGAUGGAGAACAUGUUAAACAUCAUCGCUGCAUGGGGAAAUGCCUUGUUUGGAUUCACUGAAGAUCUCCGCUGUUCUGCUUUCAGAAAUCUUUGCUAUGAACUGGAUGCCGUAAUUUAUGUACAGUAGUUUGUCAAAUGUAAUUUAAAUGUGUUUUCAUUUCAUUUGGGAGUUUUCUGCCUAUUUUUCAGUAUCUUUUGAUUCAACAGAACUGGGGAAAAUGUUACUUCGCUGCUACUGAGAAAAAAAAAUUAUUAAAGAGGAGUAUUCUUA